AUGGUCUCACCUGUCGUUAGCAGCACACGAGCGAUCCUCCAGUCAAUACCACCCAUCUCCUCCAGAUCACCAUGUAUAUGCACACGAAUAGAAGCUACACGCCAGCGCAUACGGCAACAGCGCAGAUUGGUGUCAACAGGCUCAAUACACCAGCAAGAGAUGGAGGUGGACGCACCUGCGCCUCGAUGGGCGCAUACUCCGCCGGCGAUGAAGGGCUCCCUCACUGUCAGGAAGUUGACGAACAAAGGCGGACGACACGACGUGAAUAAGGACCCAAGAAGGCUGGACAGCUUUUACACACGAUUACUGGGGCCGGACGGUCCAAAGCUUCUAUCAGACGAGACACGAUGGCUGGCUGUAACACAUAAGAGUUUUGACCACGGGCGGCGGGGAUUCAAUGAUCGGUUGGCAUUCAUCGGGAAACGCAUUGUUGAGCUCCAGACAUCAUUGAACAUAAUCAGCAGCUCACCUGCUGGAGCGAUCAAGGCGGCGUUGAUGGACGAUGGCCGAGAGCCGUUUGAGCAUCCUGCCCUAGCAGGCCUCGAAUCGUUGACUCAGGAAGCGCGACAUCAUUUCACGCAUCAUGCUGGUGUGGCAAGGAUAGCGUCAAAUUACGGCAUAGCAGAAGUUAUGCGCUGGGUACCAAGAAAUCCAGACAACCUCGCGAACUCCGGCGCAGACAUGGUAUACGCACAAGCCAUGCUCGCCAUUGUCGGCGCACUCGCUCUCGAACAAGGCGGUGCUGUUGCCAACCAGGUCUGCAAAGAGAAGAUCCUCCUCCCUCUAGGACUGGCCAAACAACUUCCAAGCAUUCAGCAGAAGGCCCUCCACAAGGAGACCCCUGUGCUCUCUUCGUGA